CUCUCUGGAUGCCAGCAGCUUCUCGUCAUGGAGCAGAAGACAGUCACAGACCAACCCGGACCGUCACUCACCACACACUCCCCAUCAGCCUUCGGAGAGGAGGACGCGGGGGGGCUCGCCACAGGAAGUGAAGCCAACCGCAGGUCAAUCGACGCCCCUGCAGCGACAGACCCGAUACUCACACAGCCCGGCCUCGGCGUCACCACGACAACCAUCACCACCAUCACGCAGACGGGGGGAGACUGGAGCUCGGGCUUGUUCGACAUCUGUGGAGACACAACCUCAUGUGUUCUCGGGGCCCUGGUGCCAUGUUGUUUAGACCUGAGUUUGGCUCACCAGUACGGCGAGUGUGUGUGUACGCCUCUCUUACCGGGAUCCACGUUUGCCAUGCGAGUCGGGAUCAGGGAGCGGUACAAGAUAAGGGGGAGCGUGUGUGAGGACUGGACCACGGUGUACUGCUGUUACCCUCUGGCUGUGUGUCAGAUGAUAAGAGAGAUGAAGCGGAGGUUGAAGACUCAGACGUAUCAUGUGUCCACUGCCCUUGAGUGCUCCUGAGGAAACUGGAGACAGUAAAUGAGGCUUUUCCUUCUUACGAUGCAGCGGAGAGCGGCGAGGACCUGCUGAGAUUACUGGUACCAACAGGAAAAAGAAUCGAUACUAUAAGGUUUGAACUUACUCUCAAGUCCCCUCUGAGGACGCCUUGGACAAUAAAUCAAACCUGUGACGUUCAGAGAGGGCCGGAGAGGGUAAACCUUGAAUAAUAGGGUAAACAUUCAAAACUUAGACAUUCUUUUACACUUCUACUCUUCUUUCAGAGGCGAUGGUUUGUUAAGUAUAUUCUAAGACAAGUGAAAAGCGGGUGGUGAGACACAAUUUGGUUUAUUUGUUUUUUAUUGUGAGCAAAUAGCAUUGAACACCUGAUGUAACUCUCAGUCAAAUACCAGCAAAUAAAAAAUAUACUUUUUUAUUUAAUUUCCAACA